CUCGCGGCUGCGGGCGGAGCGUGGGGAGCCGCCGGCAGACCGCCGCGCUCCGGGAGCCAUGGGGCUCACAGCUGGGGCGCUCGUCUGGUCGCCCGUGGGGCUGUGGCUGCUGCUGUGCAGCUGGGGGUGCCCCGGGAGCGCCGAGCUGCGGGCGCCGCCGGAGAAGAUCGCGAUUAUUGGAGCCGGGAUCGGUGGCACUUCAGCAGCCUAUUAUCUGCGGCAGAAAUUUGGGAAAGAUGUGAAGAUCGAUGUGUUCGAAAGAGGAGAGGUGGGAGGCCGCCUGGCCACAGUGACCGUGCGAGGGCAAGAAUAUGAGGCCGGAGGCUCUGUCAUCCAUCCUUUAAAUCUGCACAUGAAGCGAUUCGUCAAGGACCUGGGUCUGUCUACUGUCCAGAGCUCUGGCGGCCUAAUGGGGGUGUAUAAUGGAGAGACUCUGGUGUUUGAGGAGAGCAGCUGGUUUAUAAUGAACAUGAUUAAACUAAUUUGGCACUAUGGAUUUCAGUCCCUCCGGAUGCACAUGUGGGUAGAAGAUAUACUGGACAAGUUUAUGAGGAUCUACCGCUACCAGUCCCACGACUUCGCCUUCAGCAGCGUCGAGAGGCUGCUGCACUCCCUGGGCGGGGACGACUUCCUGGGAAUGCUUAACCGGACACUCCUGGAAACGCUGCAGAGAGCAGGUUUCUCUGAGAAGUUCCUCGAGGAGAUUGUCGCGCCCGUCAUGCGGGUCAAUUACGGGCAAAGCAUGAACAUCAACGGCUUUGUGGGCGCAGUGUCCAUGUCCUGUGCGGAUUCCGGCCUGUGGGCAGUGCAAGGUGGCAAUAAGCUGGUGUGUUCAGGGCUCCUCCGGGCCUCCCGAAGCAACCUCAUAGCUGGCUCAGUUCUGUUCAUAGAGGAGAAAACAAGGACCAAGCACACAGGAAAUCCUGCAAAGAUGUAUGAAGUCAUCUACCAAAGUGGAUCUGAGACCCGUUCAGACUUCUACGACAUUGUCUUGGUGGCCACUCCAUUGAAUCGAAAAAUGUCCAAUAUAACUUUCCUCAACUUUGAUCCUCCAAUUGAGGAAUUCCAUCAGUAUUACCAACAUAUAGUGACAACUUUAAUUAAGGGGCAGUUGAAUUCAACCCUUUUUAGCUCUAGAGCCUUAGACAAAUUCGAUCUCAGUACAAUCUUAACCACCGAUAAUUCAGAUUUGUUCAUUAACAGCAUUGGGAUUGUGUCCUCUGUAACAGAAAAUGACCGUCCUCAACCAUUAGGAGAUAGGGGAUACGUUUGGAAGAUCUUUUCCCAAGAAAUUCUCACUAAAGAACAAAUACUAAAGCUCUUUUUGUCCUAUGAUUAUGCCGUGAAGCAGCCAUGGCUUGCGUAUCCUCACUAUAGGCCUCCAGAGAAAUGCCCCUCCAUCGUUCUCCAUGACAGACUUUACUACCUCAACGGCAUCGAGUGCGCAGCGAGCGCCAUGGAGAUGAGUGCCAUUGCGGCCCACAAUGCCGCGCUGCUCGCCUAUCACCGCUGGAACGGCCACACGGACAUGAUCGACCAGGAGGACUUAUAUGAGAAGCUCAAAACUGAGCUGUGAGAGAACAGUCACCUUUCCCCCCGUCCUGGUUCCAAAUGGAGUGUCUCUGGCAAAAAAGAACACAAUCUGAGCAGAGAGGAUUUUUGAAUCAUGUUUUGCCAUAAAUUAGUCUGUUUAACAAAAGUAAACCCAGUGAGUUAGGAGGAAAUACAAGUUUCUAAUGAAGUGUGACGGUGUUAACUACUCCAUUUAUGCCCUCCCCAAAAUUUCUGGACUCUCUUAGUACCCAUCACAGUAUGGAGUCGCCUGGAGUUUGUUAAACAUGUGGGUUCUCCAGCUCCUCUGGAGAUUCUGACUUACUAGGUCUUGGGGGUGGGGGCCCUGGAAUUUGAGUAAAACCUUAGAUCAUUUAAAGCUGAGCACUUGAAGAAUUUAGUGGGGGACUAGUUCACUUGUGCUUCACAGCGGUCAGUGACCUUCGUCACAUGGUUAAGACUAUGGGAACUGGUCAUAUGCCUGGCUUUAGUUAAUUUAUACCUUUUUGUCAAAGUAGAUGUGCCCAUGCCAGAAGCCUUGACUUUCUGAAUGUUCUUUUGUUGAUUUUGAUUUUAAUUUGAUUUUAUUAGGGGUGAGAUUCAGAAGCCUUAGUUUAACUUUGUCACACAAAAAUCCCAAGUAAAAUGAAAGCAAAUACAUAGGCGAUUGAUUUAAGAGAUUGGCAUUCUAUCAUCGAAUCCUCACCUAGGGAGCUUUAACGAUUUUCAAUAGACUACCCCCUCCCCCACCCUGCAACCAGAGAUCCCGAUUUAACGAUUUAACGGACUGAGGAUAGGACCUCAGCAUUGUAGCUAAAAAGUCCCUAAGGUGCAACCUGGGUUGGGAAUCACUGAUGCGGGGGUUUAAGACCUCUCCAAAGGGUUUUCAGUGCCUUAAAAGUCCCAGGAAACCUAGUCCAUUAUCAAAGCAGAUUCAUUUUGUGAAGGAGGACUUCUCUCGACGAGAACUCCAGUAGUGAUCUUGACAGGAAGCACGGUCCGUCUGACAACAGGCCACUUGGAUUAUUCCAGAGCAGUGGACACUGGAGUACGAGACUCUGAAUACCACACUUGAUCAAAUCCAGCAAAUGUCCAAACUGUUAAAUGCUUCUAAAACUAGCAUUUGGGGUGAGAAAAUGAUUGCUGAAAUCUUGUUUCUAAGGCAGUUCUCAACUUCGGCUGCACACGGAAUAACCUCUAAUAUUUUAAAGCUCAAGUGAUUCUAAUACAGAACCAGUUCUGUAUCAGAUAAAGAGAUCAUGAAUGGCUGUCCUUACAGUCAGUCAUUAGGAGGACAGAACUGAGUAAAAGCUUGUGAAUUCUAAAAGUAACUGUAACAAAGUUAACACCUAUUGUUGGAAAAGAAAGUCCGUAAGAUUAUUGCAGUAGCUACUUUAGCAAGAUGCUGUAAGAAAACACUGAUUCUUAAAAUGAUUACUACAGUUGUGAAUAUUAUUAUGCUGAUAAAACUGCCAAAAAUACGUUUGAUGUAAAGGCAGGGAUUAAAAUUACACUUUGUCAAAGGGUCAGCUUUUUAAAAAUUUUAUUCUUAACAAGUAUGUUAAGAAGCAGUCACAUUUUUCCUUUUGUGGUUUUAAUGAGGACAAUGUUGUAGAGAAUGUCAUACUGUGUUCUCUGUAUGCUAAAGAUUGGUAAAUAAAAAUUGGUAAUGAAAAUUUCUAUCACUCAGACUUUUGCAAUGGGAUAUAUUAUUUACUUACAAUAACACCAAUUUAAGAUGUUGCCAUUAUAUCAGACCUACUCUAAGUUUUUUUAAGUUUUCCAUCAGGGCAUCGGAAACAGCUUCAGGGCAAAACAGAUGAUCGGGCAUAAUAGAUUUAAUGGAUACAGGAUUAAAGAUUUUUUUUUUUAUUGGAAGAAAAUUGCUGUCAGAGCCUGUUACUUCAGUAGACCACGCUAUUCAUCUUUGUACAGAAGAGACUGGUAAAAAUUAUGCAGGAGCUGACUGAAAACCAGUUUUACUCCAGUGGUUCUCCAACUUGGAUAUGCAUCGGAAUCACCUGGAGUGCUCUUAAAAUACUGCUGGGCCUCACCCCAGAGUGUGCUUUCAGUGGGUUUGGAGUGGUAGAUGGUAGAUGGAAAUAUGCAUCCCAGUAUCUUAAAUUCCUAGGUGAUGGUCUAGGAACUGCACUUAGGAAAACCGAUUCUGUAACUUCCUCUGUGUGGUUGCAAAAAAUAACGCCAGUCGACACCAGUGAAGAUUUAAAGAGCCGCCGGAGAAGAAUGGAAUAAAAAUGUACUGGACUUGACAUCCACUCUCCUCACUGUGAUGACGUUGGUUUGAUCCCUCUCCCUAUUCUCUGGCUGUAAACACGUCCUCUGGACAGAAAAUGUUUUAGAGACACACGUAAGCCAUCCAUUGCGUUGUUUUCCAAGUACCUUGCACGUUCACCUGUGUAUACCUCGUUCUCUACAGUUUUAAAGUGGUUCAAGAUUUCUGGCUUUCUUACCAGAUCACAAAAAGUACGGGCAUAAGCAUUUGCUUUGUAGAUUUCUUGAAGUUAGGCUUAUGAUACAACCAUUUGUAACUUAUCUCUCAUCUGAGUUUGUGUGCCAUAAAAUGUGUGACCUAGGUGAAGUAUUGUGGACAGCGUUACUACCCUGUAUACUCCAAAGAACCAGAGUACACUGGAAUGUUUUUUCUAGAGCUCUAUUCUUGUAUUCUAAAUUCCCCAUUUAUGUUCAAAAUAAACAACCGUGUUAUUA